AUGUUGGGGAGGUAUGUCUUUGCUUACAUUGAUGACAUCCUGAUCUACUCCCCUGAUGAAGAGAAUCAUUGUAACCAGGUUCAAUCAGUGCUCAAGCGCCCAUCUAAGAACCAUCUCUAUGUCAAGGCUGAGAAGUGCAAAUUUCACAUGCGUGAGAACUCCUUCCUGGGGUGCAUCAUCAGUGCUGAGGGGGUCAGCAUGGACCCCUCCAAGGUAACUACAGUUACAUCCUGGCCCAUACUCACCUCAGUGAAGGAGCUCCAAUGUUUCCUAGGCUUUGCAAACUUUUAUCGUUGUUUCAUUAGAGGGUUCAGCAUCCAUGUGGUGCCCCUGACCUCCCUCCUGAAGAAGGGACCCAAACACCUCCACUGGAACCACACAGCUGAAGAGGCCUUUGACAGGCUCAAAGCAGCUUUCACCACAGCCCCUAUCCUUCAGCAUCCGGACCUGACCUGA